AUGACAUCUCUAAAAGUCCUCAUCAGCGGCGGCGGAGUAGCUGGCACCUCUCUCGCAUUCUGGUUAACCAAACUCGGUCACAAUGUCACAGUCGUAGAACACUUCCCAAGUCUACGAACAACAGGCUUGCAAAUCGACGUACGAGAUCAAGGCAUCGAAGUCCUACGUCGUAUGGGACUCGAAGAAGCUUUCCGAGAACACGCCGCUCCCGAAGAAGGCAUGCAAUUCAUCGACGCCAAAGGUUGCAAGAGAGUUUAUAUGGCUGCCAACAAGACUGGAAAAGGAUCUCAGACUUUCACGUCUGAAUUUGAGAUUAUGCGAGGGGAUCUUUGUCGGCUUAUACAUGAUGCGACUAGUGGGGCGAAGUAUGUGUUUGGGACUUCUGUUCUGAGUUAUGAAGAGACGGGAGUUGGUGUGGAUGUGGUGUUCAAGGAUGGCAAGACCGAGAAUUUCGAUUUGAUGAUUGGUGCUGACGGUGUUUGGUCUUCGACUCGGAAGAUGAUGUUGGGGAAAGAAGGUGCUGCUGCGGUCUGGCACUCAAUUCAUGAGGCAGCGGCUUAUUUGACGAUCCACGACCCUAUCGAAACAGGCGGGACGUACGAUGCGGACUUUUAUAUCGCUCCCGAUAAGCGCUCCAUACUGGUGCGAAGGCACAGCCCGACAACCAAGCAACUUUACCUGCUCCUCAACAGAGACGACGAACGAUUACAGAGAGUGAAACGAGCAGAUGUCGAUGCUGAGAAGGCUGCCUUUGCUGAAAUCUUUGCUGAUGCCGGCUGGAAAGCUCCAGAACUGCUCAAGGCAAUGCAGCAAUCUGACGACUUUUACUGCGAGCGACUCGGUAUGGUAAAGAUGGAUCCGUGGUCCCAAGGACAUGUGGGUCUUUUGGGAGAUGCAGGCUACGCUCCUGGAGGAUCCGGUAUGGGAACGACAUGUGCCAUGGUUGGCGCAUAUGUACUCGCCGGCGAGAUAAGCAAGUACUGUCGAUCGAUUCCGUCUGAGAACGACUCGGACCAAGAGCACGUGCGCGAGAAGAUUCCAAAUGCCUUGAAGGCAUACGACCUGACGUUUCGACCGUUCAUGGAUAUAAUACAAAAGGGUGCUGAAGGAUCCAUAGUAUCCUGGUUGCUGCCGACGAGUCCGUUGGGUAUCGAGAUCUUCCACCUCAUUGCUGAGGUAUUCAUGUGGCUGAAGAUUGGCACUAUCUUGCAAUUUUUCAUGGUCAAGACGGAGGAGAAGUGGAACUUGCCGGAAUAUGAGGCGCUGCGAGAAGUCGAGGCUAGGAUUCGGGAGAACGAGAAGCAGUCGUGA